AGGGAAUAGAUACCACCUUAAAACACUGAAGAAGAUCCAUUUUGUUAAGGAGCAAUCAACCUGAAAAAUGGGGUGGGAAUUAAGAGAACCAUUGAGAGUCCCUCACAUCAAGUUCGAGCUGUAUUGCAAAGGAAGACAUAUUUUCUGAAGGCAUUUAAGUUGAAUAUUUUCCAAAGGGGCAACAGAGCCCCUAGAGCAGGAGGUUGUGUGAUGCUGUCAGUGUUUCCCACAGUUGUCUCUCCCAGAAUGUCCAACGUGUGAUGACUCUGUCCUGUAUAAAUUCUCCAUGUGACUGUUCUUGGAUGCACCUGUCUGAACAGAGUCCUGCUCACCACAAUGAUCUUGGACCCUACCUCAGUGAUUUAUGGAAUUAAAUGUAACUUCAAAGCUGCAAUUUGUGUGUCACAUCAAAAAGGAGGAAGCUGAGAUGGAGAAGGGGGAGAAGCUGCCACCUUGUUUGAACCCUAAACCUGGGGGAGCUGAGAUGAGAACUCAGAAAACUCUCCUGGGAAGCCUCCUGGUCCUGGCCACCUUCAUGUCUUCAUGCAGUGCUCAUUGUUAUUUGAUGCCCACAGAAAGUAGUGAAAGUUACCCACCUGUAUGCAAAGAUGUUGAUGGAACAAUAUACCCAGUGAACUCAACUUGGAAGACACAAUACUGUGAGGACUGUUCUUGCAGUGACAGUGGAAUUGAAUGCUGCAACAUAGCUUCUGUACCUAUCGAUUAUGAUGAAAAAAAGUGUCAUGCCAUCUUCCAUCCUGAGAACUGCACCUACCAUGUUGUGGAUCGUAAGGACCCAGGAAAAGCCUGUGCUGUUACGACCUGGAUGCUGUGAUGCCCUUCCAGUGGGUCCAGGGCACCAAGAGCAGGACUGUCACUCCUGUGGACUCUAAUAGUCUCUGAUUGUGUAGCCCUACAUAGCAGUAAAUCAUU